GGUCUUAUUGGGACAAGCUGCCAAGGCGAUUCAAAAAUGAGAUAGGGAUUAUGGACUAUGCAAUGCAGAAGCUACUGUGCGGUCCGAUGCAGCUGAGAGACAAUCCGGCUGGUACCCUGGCCUGCCUCUCCGUACGCUUCGCGCUGGAGUUUAAUACGGGCGUUUCAGCUCGUGACGUAAGCUAUGAACAGGUUGAACGGCAUAUGCGACUCUGCAUCGCAGCGCCUUCUGGACUCGAGGACAUGAUUACCAUUGCUGGGUCCGAACCACUUCUGGCCGAGGCCGCCUAUCAUAUCAUGAGGGACACGCGGAGGCACGCGGUGUGCCAUCUGGCCGAUCAUUCGGAUUUGAGCUGUAUCGACCGUGGACGACGUGGCGAACUGGUUGCGGCUCUGCUGAUAAUGCAAACAUACGAUGCGGCACGGGUGAUUAGUGAUACAAGAUGGAUAUCUGUGGCCAACUUCAUGGAAGCCUUACUUCCGACGCCCAACUAUGAGACGCUUCUCCAAUCUGGGCCGACGUCUUGGCCCAUUGGGGAUGGGAUCAGGAAAUAUGACGGCACAUUUAAGGCAAUAUUCAAGGACUACGGUAUGUGGUUUAACCAUGUCAUCAAGAUCGAGAGAAAGGAGAUGAUCUCGAUUGACCAUCUCUGGAAAUUCGUUACGCGUGGGGCGAUGAUAUUGUGUGCGACUAAUCACGAUGGCAUUGACAUUGUUUUACCCGUUUAUCGCAUCUCACAGAAUCUUGGCCCUGAUUCUGUGACGGCCAUAGUGAUCCAGGUGAAGAAUGAGCCGGAAUUAAUUGACCCAUCGUUGUUCGACGUGAUGGAUCAUGUUGUCAAAUCAGCUAUAUUCUCCACACACAAUGUCGACUCCAUCUCCGACUCCGACUUCGAGUCAGUUGCUACUGAGAUUCCGGAGCCGGAAAUGGUGCAUCCGAAGCCGGUUAUUCGACUAGUGUUUGCCUUGGCUUCUCCAGAGCCUGCCAUAAUCUUCAGGGAGAGGCCCGAGGUCAAACUUCAUUCUGACGGACUUACCACUUUUGACAUUUGGCUUGCGGGCCUCUCGUGCGACACGUUUGAGCAGAUUCAAGAUGAAGCGGAUCUGCAAUCGUACGAAACGCUUUUGGAACGUUCACUUGUGCCUCACGAUGGAUUCAAAUUGAAGGGUAGGCCAACUAUGGGCAAGAAGGUGAGGAAAGCAAAAGGCUCCAGCAGGCGGAGGAUGGCACCAUUGGCCCUCCCAAGGGAUAGUCAUCAUGGCAUUCACCUCCAAAGAGUAGUUAAUUGAUGUUCUCAUUCUCUUAUGUGUCCGUAUGCACUUGUGAAGUUGGUUAGUGGCUCAUAGUAUGAUCCAGUACCCAGUACCCAGGUAUAUACUUCGUGAAUGCAUGAUCGGUU